CUCUUGCGUCUCAGACACCCGAUCUAAAGUGGUCGUGCCUAUAUACCACUGUCUCGAAACUCCCUGUAAUCGAAUGCUUUUUAAUAAUUGACGCGGUUUCAUACAUUUACAAAUUUGUGUCGUGACUCGUACACGUGCUCGACCAGCUGGGAAUUUCGGCAAAGAGGAAGUUUGGGCGAAUAUAUUUGACCACUCCCAAAGUUUCCACCCGGAAGCUUUCGAGUAUUCGACGGGAAACACUGCAGAGGUGACCACUGGUUCUUGUUACUUUUACUCACUAUCCAACACUACGAUGGUUGAAGAUCGCGCUUCUCUGGUAUUGCGGGCUAGGAUAGCUGAGCAGGCUGAACGUUACGAUGACAUGGCAGCGUCGAUGAAAACCCUGACGGAAUCGGACGUCGAUCUGCUCGAGAACGAACGCAACUUGCUUUCGAUUGCUUACAAAAAUAUGAUCGGUACGAGACGCAACGCUUGGCGAGUAAUUUCCACCAUCGAAGAGGCGGAAACGAAGGACACUAACCGGGAAUUGUGUUCAAAAUAUCGGGAGAAAAUAGAAAAUGAACUGCGGAAAAUAUGCGGCGAGGUUCAGGGUCUACUUGACAAGUACCUGAUCCCUAAAGCCGACUGCACUGAGGGCAAAGUAUUUUAUCUUAAAACAAAAGGCGAUUAUUACAGAUAUUUGGCAGAGGUUUCUAGAUCCGACGAAAGAAAACAAAUUGUAGAAGAUGCAAGCAAGGCUUACCAGGAUGCUUUUGAAGCGGGUAAAACACUGCCUCCUACCAACCACAUUCAACUUGGGCUCGUACUCAAUCUCUCAGUGUUUCAUUACGAAAUUUUAAACGAACGUGAUAAAGCUCGUGAACUCGCCAAACAGGCCUUCCAGGAUGCUCUGGCCGAUGUACAGCAAUUAGACGAUGGCGAUGAGGCUCUCAAUAAAGAUAAUAUGUUAAUUAUUCAGCUACUACGUGAUAACUUGAGUCUCUGGGAAUCUGAAGAGGGGAACGAGGAGACAUAAUAAACACGUACACCACGAGGCUCAAUUAUUCUAGUAUUUGUUAUUUUCGGGAGUAGGCUAUGGCGUGGGACAACCAGCUUUAUUUAUUUCUUAUUAAAUGCACUGCAACAUAUCGGAGAUCACGUGAUAUUCAAGUACUAAUCACAUGAUAGAACUUAGUUUUGCUUUAUUAAUAAAAUAAUAAAAAGCGUUAUAUAUACACA